UUUACGGAAAUACAUACGUUACAGCUGAAAAGCGGCAGUGGACGCUCCAAGUGGAUAGCAUUGUUUGUCGAUGAAACUAGGAAUGUGAGCAAUCUAGCGAUUCUUCUUGGCUUCCCGCCUGAUUUUCACUCUUCACACAUUUUUCUGGAAAUGCAGGAGACGACAAGGAUAUCCCCAUCAAAAAUGUCAACAUGCAUCCCAAUGAAAAGAUCACAAACAUCUAAUCUGAUGUGCUGGACUGCCUGCAGUCAGAGGAGAAAAACAACAACUAAAUAGAAACAAAUCUGAGUAAAGAAAAUUUAAAACAUAAGGUGGAAAAGACACUCGUUUUAUCUACGUGAAUGGACGAGUUAUACAAAGUCAGAGCUGUUUAUGUAGGCGGUGAAUCUAGACCAGGCAGACUUAUGUCACCAGCAAGUACCUUCGUUUUAAAAGUGUGAAUAAAAACGGAUAGAAGCAAGGAGGGGAAUAAGACUGUGGAGCUCGGUGGUGUGCAGGAUCGUCCCCAGAAGAUGCAGACCGGUAACUACUCUCUGGUGCUUCUGAUCCAGCUGACUCUGUUGGCCUAUGACCUCUUCGUCAACUCCUUCAGUGAACUCCUAAGAGGAGCGCCUGUCAUCCAACUAGUGCUUUUCAUCAUUCAGGACAUCGCCAUCUUGUUCAACGUGAUCAUCAUUCUACUGAUGAUGUUCAACACCUACGUGUUCCAGGUCGGCCUGGUGUCUCUGCUGCUGGAGAGAUUCAGGGCUCUGCUGAUAAUCUCGGCUCUUUACUUGACCCUCAGCAUCUGCUUCCACUGCUGGGUGCUGAAUCUUAGAUGGCUCGAGUCCAACCGUUUUGUUUGGACAGACGGACUUCAAGCUCUUUUUGCUUUCCAGAGAACAGGUAAUUGGUGGAUUAAUUCAGAGCAGCAGUAUUGUAUUACUACUUAUACAAACGCACAGCAGAGUAUAUGGGAGACCCGAGGCUGUAUGAGGACUCUCUGUGGCUGCGUGAUGCCUUUGCCAGAGCUCGUCAGUGAAGGAGCGACCAGCUUGAGAGACAUUUAAGGACCCGUGAAGAAAGGCCUUUCUGGCAUAACAACACUGGGCAUCAGUUAAAACAGACACUUGGAAAGCAUUACACUAUUAAACAUAUAAUCAGUAGGCUUAUGUUGAACACUGAUGGAACUCACCAACGGGUAAAGAGGAUAAACCGAAGUCUCAACCAGUUUGUUUACUGGCUCUUCGUAGCCAAGCGAGCAGCCAGUUAAAUGGUUUACAGUGGCAGGUAAGCCAAGUGUGGCAUGUAUUGUAUUAAUCAGGAUUGGGUCUGUUAAUCUAUGUGGCCUUUGUAAAUCAAUUUGAGUUGCAGACACAAUGAAAGAAAGUUAGAAGAUUAGUGAAAAAUGGUUACAGAUGAUGCCAUCGCCUCUGUUGGCACGCAUGUUUUGAUGUGUAUACUGUUUGUAGAACAACAUGUAGUGAUAGCUUUGUUGCACAAGUUCUGUUAAACCCCCACAAAGGAAGAAACCUGUUGUUUGAUUUUGCCUUAUGUAAGGUCAAUAUGUGCUGUUUACAUGGUUAAUGUAAUUUUAAUAACCCAAUUUUCAUGUGUAUCCUGUUGUUUUUGAGUGGGGAUCUUUGAAUUGUGUUCCUGUUGCUUUUAUUAAAUAAUCCUUCUCUAA